GAUCAGCUGUAUGUAAACAAACGGCCACGUCAUUUUACAUUACGGAGAGAAAAAUCUUAUUUUCGCUGCCUUUUCGCUUUGAAUUCGCCCUAAUUUUAUCACCGGCAAUACAAGCGUGCUCAGAGACAUAAGUACGUAUCGAAUGGCAUUACUGAUAUGUUACAAAUAGCGUAAAUAUUUAAGAAAUCGGGAAGGAGGAGGCGGCAUCUGAUAACUCUAGAAGCGUACGUGUUAAAUAGUGUGUUGAGAAGGAGUCGUUCAUUUCACCACUCUUUUGUUAUAUACUCACCCCUCUAAGGACUAACUAUGGCCAGUGGAGCGGAAGGAAAGAGGGCUCUCCUCACUGGCAUAACAGGACAGGAUGGCUCCUACCUGGCAGAGCUCCUCCUCGGCAAGGGAUACCAGGUCCAUGGAAUCAUCAGAAGGUCCUCCUCCUUCAACACAGGCCGUAUCCGUCAUCUGUAUGAGGACACCAAGAUCCACAGUAACGGUCGGAUGCAGCUCCACUACGGUGACCUGACAGAUUCAACCUGCCUGGUUAAGAUUAUAUCACUAGUCAAACCAGAUGAGAUUUAUAACUUAGGUGCUCAGAGCCACGUUAAGGUAUCCUUUGAUCUGGCAGAAUACACAGGAAAUGUAGAUGCCAUGGGAACACUUCGUCUCCUCGAUGCCAUAAGAACUUGCGGCAUGGAAAAGAAGGUCAAAUUCUACCAGGCCUCAACGUCAGAACUUUACGGAAAGGUCCAGGAAAUUCCCCAGAAAGAGACUACCCCCUUUUAUCCCAGAUCUCCCUAUGGUGCUGCAAAACUCUAUGCUUACUGGAUAGUUGUGAACUACCGAGAGGCUUAUGGCAUGUUUGCCUGUAAUGGCAUCCUCUUCAACCACGAAUCUCCCAGAAGAGGUGAAACAUUCGUCACUCGUAAGAUCACCCGGUCCGUGGCCAAGAUACACUUAGGAUUCCUAGACAAGUUUGAGCUCGGAAAUAUCGACUCGCAGAGAGAUUGGGGUCAUGCAAAAGACUACGUUGAGGGAAUGUGGAAGAUGCUCCAAAAAGAAGAACCCGAGGACUUUGUUCUGGCCACAGGUGAAGUCCAUUCCGUCCGAGAGUUUGUUGAGGCUGCGUUCAAAGAGAUUGGACGUGAGAUCUACUGGGAAGGCUCAGGUGUUGAUGAAGUUGGAAAGGAAAAAGGAUCAGACAUUGUGAGAGUGAAGAUCAACCCUAAGUAUUACCGACCUGCUGAAGUAGACUUCCUGCAAGGAGACGCAACGAAGGCCAGGGAGAAGCUCGGCUGGAAAACAUCCUACGAUUUCCCGGCUCUUGUGAAAGACAUGGUCGAAGCAGACAUCGAACUCAUGAGGAAGGACCCAGGUGCAUAGUGUGUUGUGAUUCAGCGGUGUUCGUGUACUACGGUGCUUGCAAGAGGGCGGCGCGGUUGUUAACGUUGGAAGGAAGGAAGGAAGGGGAAAAAAGAAGAAAGGAAGAAAGAAAAGAAAGAAAAAAAAACGAAGAAAAA